AUGGCCUCCAGGGCGCUCAUUCUCGUCCGCUUCGCGCUCCUCGCGGUGACGUCCGCCUUCGCGCAGCGCGGCCCGCCUGGCGGAGGCCCGCCCAGCGGUCAGGGGCCGCCAGGGGGAGCGCGCGGCGGCGGCCCUGGUGGGCGCGACGGACCUGGCGGCGGCCCUGGCGGGGAGCCGCGCGGUCCGCCGAACGCCACGGGCAGCUACAACCUGCUCGUCGAAGCGCUUCUCGUCGGAGGCGACGCCGCCGCCGGCCCGCCCGACUCGCUCGCGAUCGUGAAGGGCGCCGCGUGCGACUCGUCCGCGUCCGCCGCCACCGUGCUCUCGCUGCCGUUUGCCGCCUCCGAUUGGCUGCAGCGCGCCGGCUGGUGGCUGCUGCACGCGGAGGCGCGCCUCGACGCGUUUCUCGAGAACGCCGACGCGCCCACCGUCGAGGCGCUGCUCGCGCUCCUCCCCAACGCGUCGCUCCCGCGCAGCAACGGCGGCGGCCGCGGGGGGCGCAACGGCGGAGGCAGUUCCAGGGGCGCGGGGGGCGCACGGAGCGAGCACGGCAGCAGGCGCAUGGGGCUGGACGUGGCGAGGGUGGGGAGGAUGCUGAUGCGCGCUUUGGCCCGCGGCCCCGGCCAUAUCGCAACCCCACAACACAACUAA